AUGCCAUCAUACGAUCUGAUGCUGCCCAGACCUUCCAAAGGUCAAAAGCGCUACCUUUCAGCCUACGAUGAGUAAGGCUGCUGUCUGCUUUGGUCGGCAAAGCUUCUUUUUGCUGUGGGUAGUGACUACUGCAGAGACUCAUACAUGAUCCAGAUGCUGAAGCCAGAGGAGCAUCUGUCAACAACCCUACCCCGCCUCCCCCUGCAUCGUAGCCAGAUGGGACGUUCCGGAAGUUAAUCAGGCCGGCACCAUCACGUGACCAGGGAGAAGCCAUGGUCCUACACGUGCGUCUGUGACGCCAUCUCGGCGCGACUCUUCAUUUCCUUAGAGUUCUCUGGCUGCUCCGCUUGAGCUAUGCCGAAAGUCGUUUCCCGGUCGGUGGUCUGCUCUGACACCCGGGAUCGCGAGGAAUAUGAUGACGGCGAGAAGCCCCUCCAUGUCUACUACUGUUUGUGCGGCCAGAUGGUCCUGGUGCUGGAUUGUCAAUUAGAGAAAUUGCCUAUGAGGCCUCGGGACCGGUCUCGCGUGAUUGACGCUGCCAAACACGCUCAUAAGUUUUGUAACACCGAAGAUGAGGAGACUACCUACCUUCGGAGGCCUGAGGGCAUUGAACGUCAAUACAGAAAGAAGUGUGCAAAGUGUGGGCUUCCGCUCUUCUACCAGUCCCAGCCGAAGAAUGCGCCGGUGACGUUCAUCGUGGAUGGAGCAGUAGUGAAAUUUGGUCAAGGCUUUGGGAAAACCAAUAUAUAUACUCAGAAGCAAGAGCCUCCUAAGAAGGUGAUGAUGACCAAACGGACUAAAGACAUGGGCAAGUUCAGCUCUGUUACUGUGUCUACCAUUGAUGAGGAAGAAGAAGAGAUAGAGGCUAGGGAAGUUGCCGACUCCUAUGCACAGAAUGCCAAAGUGAUUGAAAAACAGCUGGAGCGCAAAGGCAUGAGCAAGAGGCGACUGCAAGAGCUGCAUUCCAGCUGAUGACAUUGGAAAACACAGAGGGAAGAAGCUUUGAGAAACCAGAAGGAUGGCAAGUGGGACUGCAUACAGUAAAGGAAGCAGUGAGGCUUAAGGCACAAGCAGAAGCCAGCCCACGGAAGCCAGUCCACAGAAGCCAGCCCACGGAAGCCAGUUCACAGAAGCCAAUCCGCAGUAGGCCUUGCAGACCAGGAUAAGGAUUUGGAAUCAUAGAUAUGGUAGGAAGCCGUUAGAAGCUCUAAAGUCGAGGUGGAACACCGUACACUUUAUGGCUUUCAUUUUGUAAGAUGUGCCUGUUUUCAGAGUUGUGUGCUGGCACUGGCUAGCCAACUGAAGCGUCUGUCCCUGGGGAAGACUUUCCCACAUUCUCAACACUCCUUAGUUGCCUGUAGUUCUUUGCAUAGAAUUGAGGCCUCGUGGGCUUUCCCUUGUUCACCUUAGUUUGUCUAUUGUUUUGGCCCUUGU